AUGCUAAUUGACCUUCUUUUUCUCUGCUUGUUUGCUAUGCAUUUAGCAGCUGCAACCAUUACUCUCUUGGCAUUGACUAAGACUGCAUUAUCAAUCGAUACCGUGGAGGCAUUCGGUAACAAGUUGUUUUUUAGCAGCAACGGCUCUCAAUUUUAUAUUAGAGGUCUUGCUUAUCAGAAAGAUACCUCUGGUCUAACCACCAAUGCUAAGUUUGUGGAUCCAUUGACGGAUGAAAAAAGUUGUAGAAGAGAUAUUCCUUAUUUGCAACUGUUGAACACUAACGUUAUCCGUGUCUACGCUUUAAACUUCUCCCAGUCUCAUGAUGCUUGUAUGAAGCUAUUGGAGCAGGCAGGAAUUUAUGUGAUUGCCGAUCUUUCUUCCCCUGAUGAAUCUAUUAUCAGCACCAAUCCUUCCUGGAAUUUGGACUUAUACGAUAGAUACACUUCCGUUAUUGACGAGAUGCAACAAUACGACAACGUUUUGGGAUUCUUCGCCGGUAACGAGGUUAUCACCAAUUCUUCCACCAGUAGUGCUGCAGCAUUUGUUAAGGCUGCAAUUCGUGAUACUAAGCAAUACAUGACAGACCAGGGAUACAGAGACAUUCCAGUCGGUUAUUCCGCUAAUGACGAUUCUGAUACCCGUGUUGCAUCUGCAGACUACUUUGCUUGCGGAAAGGAGGAUAUUCACGCCGACUUUUACGGUAUCAACAUGUACGAAUGGUGUGGAUCAUCAUCUUUCAGUGCCUCUGGAUACAAAGCGAGAACGGAAGAGUUUUCCAAUUUGACUAUUCCAGUCUUCUUCUCUGAAUACGGUUGUAAUGAAGUUCAGCCAAGAAAAUUCACAGAGGUAAAAGCAUUAUUUUCUGAUGAGAUGACUGAUGUCUGGUCUGGAGGCAUAGUUUAUAUGUACUUUGAGGAGGCUAACAAUUACGGCUUGGUCUCUAUUGACGGUGACACUGUUUCCACCAUGGACGACUUCCCAUAUUAUUCUUCGGAGAUUAAUGCUGUUAGUCCAACUUUUGCUUGGCUUUCUGAUGCAUCUGCCUCUUGCACUUCCAGUAUAGCUUGCCCUACGUCUUCUUCCGAUUGGAGUGCCGCAACCAAAUUACCUCCUACUCCACAGAAAAAGGUCUGCAAGUGUCUUGAGCAGACGUUGAGAUGUGUAGUUUCGAACGAUGUCCACGAGAAAGACUACGGUGACUUGUUUGGCGUUAUAUGUGGAGUAACAAAUUGCGCUGAUAUCACGGCUAAUGGUACUAGUGGUUCCUACGGUGCUUACUCAUACUGUUCUCCGAAGGAAAAGCUUUCCUACAUAUUGAAUCAGUACUACGAAGACCAGAAUCGCAAUAAGAAAGCUUGUGAUUUCUCGGGAUCAGCUAGUUUGGUCAGCACUGCCAGCCUAUCCGGUUCUUGUUCGUCUGUUCUUAGUGCUGCAUCAGCUAGUGCCGACCUCCCAGAGUCUAGUACACGUUUCUCAAGUUCUUCUACGUCCUCCUCUUCUUUGAGAAAUGCUGCUUGUAGAGUUACUCCAGGAGUAGGCGUCAUCCAAAUAUAUUUUGUCACAUUGUUGGUUGUGUUUUCCAUUGGAAGUGUUUCUCUGGUGAUGUUGUAG